GACGGGCGACGACGACAACGAAUAAGACGAUAGCAAGUGAAUCUUGCACAAAAAUCUUACCUCCCCCGUUAGUCGGGAUUUUACGUGAAAUUUGUAGUGUUUUUCGCCGUUUCGUUGAUUGGAACAGUUUCGCGAGUGCUGGAGUGAUUGCCGGAUGCUUUUGGUUCUCCGCUUUCGGGAAUCGCUGGCGGUGAAAUUGGGUCGAGAAAAAAUUCGGGUUGCAAAAAUUCCACCACCGUCAAUCCGAAUCAACACACAGCAGCAGCAAAGAAUUUCUUCGUCGUCCUCGCUGGCAAGGCAGGCAGGCGGGCAGCAGGCGGUGGGCCAUGUACGAUGGUGUGCUAAAGUAGGGAUGUUCAAGGGGUUCAGGAGGGCUCCAAAAAUGAUGUUUUGGAUUUCGGUAUUCGACGGUCUGUAAGCUUUGAGGUUUCGACUGUAAUUUCUCAAAUGUUUUCAUUGGGGAAAGUAUAAAUUUGAAUCGGGUUUCUGUACUGCCAGUGCACAAGGAUCUUGCAAGGUACCUGAAGUCUCAUAAGUUUUCGAUAAAAAACGAUAAUGAAAAAAUAUUCAAAUGUUCAUAGCUAAAUCACUCUAUUGUGUAGUGUCGUUCUUGAUCAUUUGUAAUCAGGAGAUUAGUGUAAAUGUUACAGCCUAAUUGUGCCGUAAUGCAAAAGGAAAUACCUAGUUGAUAGUGCACGCAAUCACUUCGCUAAAGCUAUAUCAGUAUCAAGUGUGAGUGAAGCUUGUGACAGACAGGCAGAAGAUCUGUGUAGUUUGUUUACAACCGAAGCUGAAAAGAAAAGUGGCGAUUGGUGGUGUGAAAGUGUAUACGGCUUUUCGCUUUGUUUUCUUAAAGAAGAAAAAAAAGGGGUGAAGGGAAAAUCCAUAUGUCCACAUUGUCUCGGAGGGCGCGUAGUGGGAUGCUGAUUCCCAAAACAAUCCUCCCCCACUGCUACUAACACACAUACACGAACACGUGUAACGAAGGAAGAAAGGAAGGUGGGCGCUGGUGGCACAUCGGACUCCGGACCGGAAGCAGAGGGUGCUGCUGUCCUCUGGAGAAAUAUAACUACAAUUCACAAGUAGUGCAUGCGGGCAAUGAAGUAGUAGUAGCUGAAGGAAGUGCUUAGAGAUUAACCAAUAUGGAUAACUCACAAGGCCAGUUCACCAAUAGACAAGAAAUGGCCCGCGAUUCAACGAUGGGACGCGAUCGGGUGCUGGUGGUGCCCAGUACCGGAAUAGCGCUGGAUACGCCCUCGACGUCACAGCCGGCAGGUCCCGGCAUGAACGACAUCAACCAGCAGAUCCUGGAGCUCCGCAAGGAACAGGAAAUGCAGAAGCAAAAGCUGUGGCACGCCUUCCAGGAGAAGAAUAAGGAACUGGAACUGCAGCACCGGCAACAGCUGGAACACAAAUUUCAGCUUGCGGCAUCCUAUCACAACACUACUGGCUACGUCUUCCAGGAACUGCGGGAACAGCGGCUGGCCGAGGAGGCGGCCCAGCAGCGGGAACGCCGGGAACGGGAAGCGAUGAAGCGCAAGGAAAAGCAGGACUUUAGCGCCAACGCCAGCUCCGAGGUCAAGCAGAAGCUGCAGAACUUCCUGAUCCAAAAGAAGCAAGCGGCUGCCUCCAACGGGAUGAGUUCGCCAUCGUCCUACCGAAAUUGGGGCGUGGUGAAGUCAUCCUCGGGCGAAUCGAUACCGGCCGGCACCGGGGCAUCCGGAUCGCAUCCGUACAAGAUUCCACCGGUUCCCCCUUCGGCCAUUGCCAAGUACUCGGAAUCGGACUUCCCGCUGCGAAAAACCGCCUCCGAGUCGAACCUGCUGAAGAUACGGAUCAAGCAGCGAGUGAUCGAGAAACGUGCCAUGGGCCCGGUCAUGGCGGCCCGCCGUCAGGAACGCUACCAGCAGGCGGCCCAACGGAGGUUGCAGCAGAAACAAAACCAGCAGCAACAGCAGCACGGCGGCGCCUCACAUUCCCCGCAAGGACUGCCACCGGGCCAUCCUCAGGUUACCUCACUCGCCGCCGCCGCCGGUGGUCACCCUUCAAAUUGCGCCAGUGGAGCAUCCGAUUCCGGUCCUAACUCUCCUCCUGCACUCGGAACCAGUGGCUCACCCUCAAACGCACCGAUCCAGGAAGAAAACGAAGAUCCUCAGUACGGUCCCGGUGGCCGGUCCAGCAUCAACGAUCUGUCCCUGUUCAGUUCGCCCUCGAUGCCGAACAUAUCUCUCGGGCGGCCACACCUCAGCGAAGCGCACUCUACGAAUCACAUUACAAUGGUGCCCCUCAGACCUCCUCCUCAUCAGAUGGUGGCAACGGCUGCUGGUCAGCCUCCGCCCCAUCAUCAGAUGGCCCACCAUCCACCGCCGCCGCCGCAUCCAUCGUCAUUCGUGAGUCACCCGUCAAUGCUGGAGCAGUUGACGGAGCAGCAGUUGCAGGCAGCUGCUGCUGCCGCUGCAGCUGCGGCAGCCGCCGGCCUCACCAUCAAUCCGGUCCACCUCGGUGGAAUCCACAGCGGUAUUCCGCCGGGUGCCAUGUAUGCCGGCGUUCCAAUUACCGAUGCCCAGGUGGCACAAGCGAGACUGCACAAACAGGGUCACCGGCCGCUGGGUAGAACCCAAUCGGCUCCACUUCCUCUGGGGCAUCCGAUGCUGACCGGGGCAGCCGGAGUCAACAUCGGCCAGACGCACUACGAGAAUAGUGAUGCCGAACGGCAAGCGUACGAGCAACAUAUACUGAUGAAGCAGAAGAUCCGGCAGACGGCCCUGAACCGCGCCAACUGCCGCGAGUCCCAACAGAUCAAGGAAGAGGUCGAAUCCGGUGAGGUGAUCGACCUGACGGACAAAAAGCAACCGCCCAAAACGACCGUGAUAACGUCCCCGGCCAAUAGCAGCACCACGUCCAUCAGCAGCGGUCUGAACCGGAGCGUGAUCAAGAGCACCUCUCACGGUAUGAUUGCGGAAACCUUGAGCCAGCAGCAACAGCAGCAGCAUGCCGAAUUCCUGGCGGCUCAACAGCGGGAUCUAGCGCUGAUGCGGCACUCGAUGCAGUUCGGAAUGCUCACCGAAGAUGUCUACAACCGGUUACGACCGCUGUCACGCACCUCCUCAAGUCCACUAGUACAUUUAGGGGCUCCGGGCAGCACUCCGGUCGCCAUGUCUGACACCGGCCAAGACGAUAUACCACCCCCGGUAAACCUAACUGUACAAAAUCGUAGUCGCUCGAUGCUCAGCUAUACCAACGAAGGUCUGGCUUCUAGUCCCGGUCCCCUGCAGCUUACCACUUCUUCCUCGGCGUCGGCCAUCCCGGUCCGAUUAGUGCAACAACAGAACAACGGCAAAGCGACGACCGGCUUGGCCUUCGAUAGCCUGAUGCUGAAGCAUAGCUGUGUCUGUGGCGAUAACGCUACCCACCCGGAGCACAGCGGCCGGCUGCAAAGUGUUUGGGCCCGGCUCGUUGAAACUGGGCUAGCCUCCCGCUGUGAUAAACUCCGUUCUCGAAAGGCUACCCAGGAAGAGCUACAGACUGUACACACCGAGAGCCACUCGCUGCUGUUCGGUACCAAUCAGAUCAACCGGGCCAAAGUCGAAGCCAGCCAGGUCAGCUUCGUGCGGUUAGCGUGCGGAGGCGUGGGUGUAGACUUGGAUACCACCUGGAACGAGCACCAUACGGCGGCUGCCGCUAGGAUGGCCGCUGGUUGCGUGAUCGAUUUAACCUAUAAGGCAGCAAAAGGGGAAAUCCAAAACGGAUUCGCCGUCGUUCGUCCACCGGGGCACCACGCGGAACCGAAUGCGGCCAUGGGUUUCUGUUUCUUCAAUUCGAUAGCCAUCGCAGCGCGGCUCCUCAGGCAGCGGUUACCGUCGGAAAUUCGGAGGGUACUGAUCGUCGAUUGGGACGUGCACCAUGGCAACGGAACGCAACAGGUAUUCUACGACGAUCCGAAUGUGUUGUACCUGUCGAUACACAGGCACGACGACGGGAACUUUUUCCCGGGAACCGGUGGGCCAACGGAGUGUGGAGCAGGUCCCGGCCUUGGGUUCAAUGUGAACAUCGCCUGGUCCGGGGGUUUGAAUCCACCGCUGGGGGAUGCGGAAUACCUGGCCGCCUUCCGGACGGUAGUGAUGCCGAUUGCUCGGGACUUCCAGCCGGACAUUGUUUUGGUUUCGGCCGGUUUUGACGCAGCUUUUGGGCAUCCGGCACCGCUCGGUGGUUACCGGGUGUCACCGGCUUGCUUCGGCUUCCUCACCCGGGAACUUAUGAAGCUGGCCGAUGGAAAGGUGGUCCUAGCUCUGGAAGGCGGUUACGAUCUGCCGGCCAUCUGUGAUUCGGCCCAGGAGUGUGUGCGGGCCCUGCUCGGGGACGACCUGUCUCCGAUUGCGGCCAGCGAGCUUUCGCGGGCGCCCUGCCAGUCGGCCGUCGAAACCCUCCAGAAAACCAUUGCCAUCCAGCUGACCCAUUGGCCCUGCGUCAAGCGCUUGGCGCACACCGUCGAGUACUCGGCCAUGCAGGCCGUCGUCGGUGGUCCGGAUCGGGACGAAUCGGACACGGUGCAGGCCAUGGCCGGCCUCUCGAUGCAACCCCCCAACAGCAGUAGCCGAACUUCGGACAUUUCCCGGGAAGAUUCGGAGGAACCCAUGGAUCAGGACGAAUCUAAGUAAAUUGUUUUGUUUUGGACGAUGCACUACACACAUCUUUCUCGCUUGGUCCCGACGAGCUCCGGACGCCGGGCUGAAGGCAGCGGGAACCUUUGAGGUCGUCGAUUGUCGCCGUCAGUUGGGGAAAAGCCGACGGGUUCGAAGGAAAGCGGGAGAGAACAUUUUCGCCGCCCCCCUCAUCAGCUAUUUUUAGCGGGGGGUGCGCACCACUUUGGAGAUUGUUUUUACUCGAUCAAACAGUAAUGUUGUUAGUUGUGAAUAUUUCACGUCUCGUCAGAGUGAAUCACGCGCACGGAAAAGCAGAACGUUCUUUCGAUUGGAAGCGGCCCGAGGAGGAGACACAGGAACUCUGCAUGUGAUUGUAGCCCCAGAAAAUGCAAAUGUUACCUCUCGAUUAGUGAGAAUGUUGAAAUUUUUAAAAUGAGAUAUAGAACCUGUUGAUAAGUGAGUUUGGGAAGGUGAAGUUGGUCUCGGUUGGGUUAGGGUCGGAACAGAGCGCUGGAGAAACAAUCAAUUUUAUGAGCUUAGACACCAGUUGGCAGGGUGAGGGACAGCAGCUGUCUGUGAUCGACCGCGAUUGGAAGGAAGGAUUGGCUCAGUUGGAUAACCACACCUAUUUUGGUACAGAGCUUUUAUUUUUUGUACACGGACAGCACUCAAUCAGGGAAUACAACGACGACUAGUUGGAAUGUUUGAUCGCAGAACACAGUAGAGUAGAUUCCGGGAAACGUUCGUUGAUUCGUUUGAAAAAAACUUGAGAAACACGUCAGUAGUUAGAAGUUUGUUUCGAGAUGUUGUAGGAGUUUUUCCAUGACGAAAAUUGUUUCAGCCCAAAAUUUCCAUUGGCGAAAUUGUUUUCCACAAUUGAGUGGAUUCUUAAUUUUUGUUUCCUCUUAACUUCCAUUAGAAUAAUUUUCCAGUCUCAUCAAAGUGGAAAACAUUUUUCCAACGUCGGAAACAAGUUUCAAUUCUAUGGUAUCUUCGUAUUCAUAAAGUUUUAAAACGUAAAUUUAAAACAGAAGGAAGAGAUAAAUGGUAGCUCUCGUUAGAGAGUUCAAAAGUAAAAAGGAGAAAUUGACCUGAAUCGAGAGAUUUAGAUCCGGAGACAGUAGUACAAUACAUAUUUCCGUUUUCUGUUUGUUGUUUGUUGUUGGCUGUUGAUAAGAAGGUAUAUCAUGUUUGUAUGUAAAAUCGCAACGAUUCUUAACCACAAACUGUUUCUUCAACGUUGAAUUGAACGUCUUUUGUGGGUAGUAGGAAGAAUGUCUGGAUAUUGAUUUUUUUGUCUGAACACAAACCCCUCGAACGAAAACGGGUUGCAACGAAAACGAAAAUCAGAAUCUUAAUUCGGUGGUAAAAUUACUCAGGAGAGUAAUAAAAUAAAUUCAUGGUUUCGAAAUUUUGGAGAGCUAGCAUUGUAACCCGUGUCGCACAACCUUUGAUUUGAAAAGCUAAUUGUUAGGAAAUUUUGCACAAAUACGAAACGAGGGAAAAGCGAAACUUUAAGGGCGGUACGUUUGUUUAACAAAAAUAAAACCAGUAAUUACAAAGUAAUUUUUAUAAUCAACUAUUGAUCUUGAAGAAAAAUAUGAAAAAUGUAAGCUGAUUUAUGCUCCUUAAUAGGAUGUCGUUUUGGGUGAUUGAUACACUAAAACGUAAAAUCAUAGCUAAAGUAAUCCUCCACAAUCCACAAGAAGCUUAUCAUAGAUAGAGAUUGACUGCAAGCGUACAUUACAUAUGUAAAUGCCUACACCACAGGAAACUUUCUUCAACAAAGGUAUACAUCAUCGGAGUCAAAACUAUUAGGAUACCUCUCUUAAAAUUGCUCAAACAGCUUAACACACGAAUAAAAAUAAAUGCUUUCGCGGGCACGACGUUUCCAACACCACACCCAAGUCAGUCAAAGCGAAACUCGUCGUACACAAGUUACAGUCACAGUCGUAGAUUUACUCAAUGUCCCCUGCUCUAACGGAUAAAAGUAAGGAACACCUUAACCCUAGAACGCUGCUGCCAUUGAAUACAAUAUUUAAAGAAAAAAAACAGAGAAAGUCAAUCCCUGUAAUCCUAGUAACAUAAAAAAGGGAAAAAACAUGUGCUGAGUAACAUUUAAAUUCUUAAAGUAGGGGAAGCAAAAACAGAAGAAACCUAUUUAUAGAAAGCUGUUUAGAUACCAUGCAUCCUUAAACAAGACGGAACAGAUUUUUUACGCGAAUCGAGAUAUAAGAAACAACAACUUGAAACUUAAUAGCAAAAAAAAAGGGAACACAACUUUUGGAAGCCGUGAACCGUGAACGUUGAGUGACCUGUAGCUUCCUAUUUUAGGCUCUAUCGAAUACCGUUUGGAGUCAAGCUAGCACCGAUGAUCUUCCAACGCAUGAUGAAUAACAUUCGGGUUAGGAAUUAUGCGUUGAAAGACUUUCGGUGCCAGCUCAACUCCAAAUGGUAAUCGAGAAUUUGGGAGAAAAUCGUAAAAAGAAUCGACGACGUUACUAAAAAGUUUUUUUAACGAGUUUUUGAUGCCAUCAAUCAACGUUGAGUGACCUGUAGCUUCCUAUUAUAGGCUCUAGAAAAUACCGUUUGGAGUAAACUUUGCACCGGUGAUCUUCCAACGCAUGAUGAAUAACAUUCGGGUUAGGAAUUAUGCGUUGGUAGACUUUUGGCGCCAGCUCAACUCCAAAGGGCAAGCGAGAAUUUCGGAAAAGAUCGUAAUAAGAAUCGACGACGUUGCUAAAAAGGUUUUUUAACGAGUUUUUGAUGCCAUCAAUCAUACGUUGGAAGAUUUCUGGUGCUAAUUUUACCCCGAACGACAUUCGAGAAUAUUGCAAAUGGUCCAUAGAAGAAAACGAGGAUGUGAUCAAAUUAAGGAGGAUGUUCGAAAUUAACCUUUGUCCUCGUGCCUCGCCGCUACUAACUUUUUCUUAUGUGAGCGAUUGCCAUUUGGAGCUCAUUUACCACCGGCAAUUUUCUUCGAUUUGAAAAUAGUGUUUUUCAAUUCUCAAAUUUUCUUCUCCAAAUUCGAAACGUGCUGGUCGCUGUUUGAGUUGUUAAGGAAAUUUGUUUGAAUUCGAAAGCCAACUAACAAUUUAAUUCUGAAAGUUGAAAUUCUUCGUUUAAAUAAAAAUCGUGGAUGUGAAUUCAAAUGAGAAAUUCAAAUCUUCCUUAAUCUAAAUUUCAAUUUUGGGAAUCUGAGUUGACAUUGUAUUUCUUAAUUAAAUAAUCCUUGAAAUUUUUCUCUGUGUAUAUUUUUAACACUGAACCAAACUCACGCAUUGAAGUUGUCGGUUUUAAUCAGUAUUUUGAAAAAAAAAAUCCAAAAAGACUAACGUGAGUAUCAAAAUGUUUCUACCCAAAUUAUGUUGAUUUUAUUAUCACAAUUUAAGGCACUCAACGUUCGAACGGUCUUCGGCGAAAAAUUGAACAUUUCAGUGAAGUAAAAAAGAGGUUUUAACGGUGCAAUUUCAUCAACCCAUUAGUCAAUAAAAUCAACAAAAAACAAAACAGACAGCAACUUACGAACCCUUGAUUACGACAAAAAAAAAACAAAACAAAACAUUUUGAAAACAAUGUGGAAACAAACUCUCACUGUUAAUCGAACGAAUGAUUUCAACAACCGUAAACGGUCAUUUUAAAUGUUUAUAAUAUAAGCUGAACAAGUGGGAGAGAAAAAACAAUUGAUCAAACAGGAAAAAACGAAAAAAAAAAUUAAAUUAAAAUAAAACAAACGAAUGAUUACGCUUUUUGUGGUACCGAACAAGAAAAAAAAUUAACAGAAAAAACCUCAAACAAAAAAAAAUUAACGCUAACUCAUAUUGACACAGAGAGUAAAAAAAUUUCAAAACAAAAAAUACAAAGUAUGUGAAAGAAAAACAAAACUAUUAUUAUAGAUUUAAACCAAAACACACACACUGAAAGUAAUCGUAAACGUGGAAAAAACUGAGCUGAUAGAGAAAGAAAGAUAAGAAAAAAAAAAACAAUAAACAUUCCUCUUACUAAAGAAAGUUAUAAUUUAUAGUUUAAAAGUAAGUGAAAGUUUGAAACGAUGACGAGAAAAUGACGCUAAAUUAAAGUAUGCGUGAAUACACACAUUAAAAACACACACACAAAAAAAACACUCGUCAUUCAUACAAAAAAAAACCACAACACUAAGGCAAGAGAGCGAGAGAGAGAGAAUAUCUUUAUAAAACGUUAAGUAGACUAUUUGAGUUAAGUUUAUAUCACUGAUGUCUAGAUAAGUUAAAGCAAUGUGUGAGCAGCAAAUGAGCGAUCGAUGAUGACGAGAAAGGCUCUCGUCAAAGCUAAAACUAAUUCAGUUAGCUAACGGCGCGCCGCGUUCUGUUGUGUUAAAUAUGAUGAUGAUACCUAAAACCUAUUAUAAAUAGUAAUUAUGUAUAUGAUAGCAGCAGCAACAGCAGCAUAUAGUUGUUUUCUUAAACGGCGCCGCCAAAUUUGGUGCGACAGAACGAAGGUCAUAUUAAGUUAAGUCACCGCCGCAGUAACACACUGAUGGGAGGAUCGAUACUUCGCCGCGAGCGACUUUGAUGGUCUGAAAUUUACGUUUCAUAUUGUAAAUUUAAUUUUUGAAUCUACCUUCCAAUGAUGAAUUUGAAAUUUUUCACACUAAUUUUUAUUUCAUGUAUUCUAUUUAAAUUUGAAUUUUUUUUUUAAAUUUAUAAUUCUUCUUCCAGUUACAUUUCUACUAGGACGGUUUUCUCAGUGUAUCCAUAUUACACUGAACAAAAUUCACCCAUCAAAGUUGCCGGAAAAAGCAUGGAAUUCGUUUACCUUAUCCUUCAGGGUGUUGCAACAACAAAAAAUCAGAUGUGGUAGCAUUGAAAUGCAAAACGUAAACUCAAGAAUAGCUAGUUCAAUUUGUGGUAGCCGGCGAGAUUUACUCCCUGGGGGAAGUUCUCUGCGUUCGGUAUGGACACAAGUAAAGCAAGAAUACGAAUCAUCACUCUGAUGCGCUGAAAUCGAUUAGUUAUUGCAGAAAGAGAAAAUAUAUACAUUUAAAAAAUAUAUAUACGAGAUGGUAGAGAAACAGAAGAAAAAAAAACAAACAAACCAUGGUGUUACAAAAACUAGAUGAAACUAUAUAGCUAGGGUAAGUUAUGUAAUUGCAGUGCAUACAAAAUGAUCCGGGUUCCCGGGAACUGAAAGUUACCGGUGGAGACCCAACUCGCGAAAUGUGAACAAUCCAAUCAUCGAUUCAUUUGAAAAAUGAAAAAGAAACUUAGCUGGAGAAAAAUCUAUAGAGAAAAACUGAAGAAAGGUAGCAUAAAGUCUAUUUUUUGAAAACAGAUGAAAUCAAUAUAUUGCUCCGGCAUAUAUUUUGAGUCAAAGUGUAGAGAACAAACGAAAGUUAAAGUCAAAGAAAGAAAGAAAAAGUUAAAUUUACAAAAAAAACAUCCUAGCAAAGUCUUCUCUACAUAUAGAACUUCUUGGUCCGUACUUUGAACUGGUACUUUUUACUGAAACACUAUAGUAGUUUUUUUUAUUGUUUAUCAAAAAAAAAAACUCAAACAAAAGAUGUCCCGAUCCCCUGGAUGUGACAGGAAUCUAUUUUAGAAACGGAAAAAAAUGCGCGCUACCCGGAGCUCGAAAACGCCAGGGGAAUUUACACAUGUUAAGCUUGACAGCGACAAACAAAACAAAAGAAAAAUUUAAAAAUGUUUAUAAAACAGACCCAGAAACAAACAAACAAAAAAGUCACUCACUCAUACACAUCUACAAACUGUCCGUCUUAAAUUGUUGUUUAUGGAAAGCAUAACAUGAAAGAGUUUAAUCUAUAGAGAAAGAGAGAGAGAGAGAGCAAAAAAAGCUAAGCGAUAAAACUGUUGAGUAUAGCAAAGAGAAUAUAUAGAAGAAAAAAAGAAGAUUAACAAAAAACAAACGAAAUCUUAAAACAAACAAAUAAUUUGGCAGAAAAAGAAAGUAAGAAGAAAAAAACAGAAAACCUGAAAAAAUAUAUAUUGAUCGUUUUGUGUUACACGGAAAAUAAUAAAUUAUAUUGAAAAA